UAUUAUAAAUGGAGCCUAAAGUGCCCUCUGUCACUCAGAACUACAGCUGGCACUGGGAGGAGAGCUACCUGUCUGUCCCUUUGGAAUAUAGAUAAGAGGAGGAUCAGGACAGUAUGAGUUCCAAGCCAAAGUCAAUUGGGAUCAUCGGAGGACCUUUCUCCAAAGGACAGCCACGAGGAGGGGUAGAAGAAGGCCCUGCAGUGCUGAGAAAGGCUGGCCUAGUUGAAAGACUUCAAGAACUAGGGUGUGACGUGAAAGAUUAUGGGAACUUGUCUUUUGUUGAUGUGACCAAUGAUACCCCCUUUCAAAUUGUGAAGAAUCCAAGGACUGUGGGUAAAGCUAAUGAGCAGCUGGCUGAAGUAGUCGCAGAAGUAAAGAAGAAUGGGAGAAUCAGUUUGGUACUUGGCGGGGAUCACAGUUUGGCAAUUGGAACCAUCUCUGGCCAUGCUAAGGUUCAUCCAGAUCUCUGCGUCAUUUGGGUAGAUGCACAUACUGAUAUCAACACUCCUUUGACAACCACAAGUGGAAACUUACAUGGACAGCCUGUGUCUUUCCUUUUGAAGGAACUAAAAGGAAAGAUUCCUGAACUUCCAGGAUUCUCUUGGGUGACACCCUGCUUAUCAGCUAAGGACAUUGUGUAUAUUGGAUUGAGAGAUGUGGAUCCUGGUGAACAUCGCAUCCUUAAAGAUCUGGGUAUUAAAUUUUUUUCAAUGACUGAAGUAGAUAAGCUUGGAAUUGGCAAAGUAAUGGAAGAAACACUAAGUUACUUAAUAGGAAGGAAAAAAAGACCAAUUCAUCUGAGUUAUGAUGUGGAUGGGUUGGAUCCAUCUUUCACACCAGCUACUGGCACUCCUGUCCCUGGAGGCCUGACUUACAGAGAAGGUAUCUAUAUUACAGAAGAAAUCUAUAAAACAGGGCUCCUCUCGGGAUUAGACAUAAUGGAAGUCAAUCCAUCCCUUGGGAAAACACCAGAAGAAGUAAACCGGACAGUAAACACGGCUGUUGCAUUAACUUUGUCCUGCUUUGGAGUAGCUCGAGAGGGAAAUCAUAGUGACAAAUAACUAAUUUUGAAAAGGAACUGAGUUGUAAAGAGAACUGAUAAUGCUGGCUAACAAUGAGCAACUAAAAAUUAUGCUUAAGCUUACAUUUUCCCCAAAAUCUUUUGCCAAAGUUUAAUAGGUAGAUUAAUUAAACUUCUAAUCCCUUUGUUAGCAAAAAUCAAAGUUUUUUUUUUUUUUUUGUCCAUUAGCUUUAAUCAAGGGAAAAGACUUAGAUAACCUUGGGGUAGAGAAAUGUAAACUUGAGGCUAGUUCAUUAAUUUGCUGUUGGCUGAUUGCACAACAUAAACACAUGGUGAAAACUGGUAACGGGGUAAAUACCAUUAAUCUUAUUUGCCAUGUAUAUUUGUACAUGCUAGAGACCAAACUUAAGCUAAUACACAUCAGGUAACAGCAGCAAGAACCAUAUUCAUUCAUCUGAGUUUUGCUUAGUUCUUUUUAUAAGGAAGAAUAGCUUCAAUAAGACCUUGUCUUUCCAGUCUUCUUCCAGUAAUGCCAGAGAUUUUUAUGUGAAAUUUUAUAUGAAUUCUGAAAUAUUUGCCUGAAUAAUUUAAAUUUAUGUCACUAAGUCUGUGUAGGGGGAAAUGCUUUGUUAUAGUUUCUUUCUUCCAAAAUGUCGACUACCAAUAAAAACACUUUGUUAAAUUUA